UCGGGAAGACUUACCGGUGCCGUUUCCAAGGGAGCCCCGCGCGCCGGGAAAAGAGCGGCGGCGGCGGCGGCGGCGGGCUGGGCACCGUGGCCAUGGCGGACUAUUCCACCGUUCCCCCUCCCUCCUCGGGCCCGGCCGGCGGCGGAGGAGGCGGAGGAGGAGGAGGAGGAGGCGGCGGGGUCAACGACGCCUUCAAAGACGCGCUGCAGAGAGCACGACAGAUUGCAGCCAAAAUUGGUGGUGAUGCAGGGACAUCACUGAAUUCAAAUGACUAUGGUUAUGGAGGACAAAAGAGACCUUUAGAGGAUGGAGAUCAACCAGAUGCUAAGAAAGUUGCACCUCAGAAUGACUCCUUUGGAUCACAGCUACCACCACCAAUGCACCAGCAACAAAGAUCAGUAAUGACAGAAGAGUAUAAAGUUCCAGAUGGAAUGGUGGGAUUUAUAAUUGGCAGAGGAGGUGAACAGAUCUCACGUAUACAGCAAGAAUCUGGAUGCAAAAUACAGAUAGCUCCUGAUAGUGGAGGACUACCUGAAAGAUCUUGCAUGUUAACUGGAACACCUGAAUCUGUACAAUCGGCAAAACGGUUACUCGACCAGAUUGUUGAAAAAGGAAGACCUGCGCCUGGUUUUCAUCAUGGAGAUGGACCGGGAAAUUCAGUCCAAGAAAUCAUGAUUCCUGCUAGUAAGGCUGGAUUAGUUAUUGGAAAGGGUGGCGAGACUAUUAAACAACUUCAGGAACGAGCCGGAGUCAAGAUGGUCAUGAUUCAGGAUGGACCACAGAACACUGGUGCAGACAAGCCUCUUCGGAUUACAGGAGACCCUUAUAAAGUUCAGCAAGCCAAGGAAAUGGUAUUGGAGUUAAUCCGUGAUCAAGGUGGUUUUAGGGAAGUGCGAAAUGAAUAUGGAUCAAGAAUAGGAGGAAACGAAGGCAUAGAUGUCCCCAUUCCACGAUUUGCUGUUGGCAUUGUAAUAGGAAGAAAUGGGGAGAUGAUCAAGAAAAUACAGAAUGAUGCUGGUGUAAGAAUUCAGUUUAAGCCAGAUGAUGGAACAACUCCAGAUAGAAUAGCACAAAUUACAGGACCGCCAGACAGAUGUCAACAUGCCGCAGAGAUUAUCACAGACCUGCUUCGAAGUGUUCAGGCUGGUAAUCCUGGUGGACCAGGACCCGGUGGUCGAGGACGAGGUAGAGGUCAAGGCAACUGGAACAUGGGACCACCUGGUGGACUACAGGAAUUUAAUUUUAUUGUACCAACUGGAAAAACUGGAUUGAUAAUAGGAAAAGGUGGUGAAACUAUAAAGAGCAUAAGCCAACAGUCUGGUGCUCGAAUAGAGCUACAGAGAAAUCCUCCUCCAAAUGCAGAUCCUAAUAUGAAGCUAUUUACCAUCCGCGGAACACCCCAACAGAUUGACUAUGCUCGGCAGCUCAUAGAAGAAAAGAUUGGUGGUCCAGUCAACCCUCUGGGCCCACCUGUUCCCCAUGGACCCCAUGGUGUUCCAGGACCUCAUGGACCCCCAGGCCCCCCUGGCCCGGGAAAUCCAAUGGGCCCCUACAAUCCUGCUCCUUACAACCCCGGCCCUCCUGGGCCUGCUCCUCAUGGUCCUCCAGCUCCCUAUGCCCCACAAGGGUGGGGAAAUGCUUAUCCACACUGGCAGCAGCAGAAUCCUCCUGAUCCAGCAAAACCAGGAACCGACCCAAAUUCAGCAGCAUGGGCAGCUUAUUAUGCUCACUAUUAUCAGCAGCAAGCACAGCCACCACCUGCAGCACCAACUGGUGCCCCAAAUACAGCUCAAACUAAUGGACAAGGAGACCAGCAAAAUCCCGCUCCAACUGGACAGGUUGAUUAUACCAAGGCUUGGGAAGAAUACUACAAAAAAAUGGGUCAACAGGGGCAAACACAGGAUUAUUCAAAGGCUUGGGAGGAAUAUUACAAGAAGCAAGGGCAAGCAGUUCCGGCUCCCGCCGGGGCACCUCCGGGAGGCCAGCCAGAUUACAGUGCGGCCUGGGCCGAGUACUAUCGACAGCAGGCAGCCUACUAUGCCCAGACAAGUCCACAAGGAAUGCCACAGCACCCUCCGGCACCCCAGUGCCUUCCCAGAUCUUCCACCUUAGGUUCUGCUGCAAAAAGCAACAGUGCUGAAGAUGCUGCAAGCACCAAAUCAUAGCUCAUAGAAUCAGGUCCUGAGAUAGUUACUGCCCAUAAAGAGGAAUCCUUUGAGUGUAUGCCAUUGGUGAGCCGAUGAGCAUGGACCAUAGAAGGGCUCCAUGUAGAAGGUAAAAUUGGCAAAACGUAAUGGAGAAAUGAAAUGUAUUCCCAUACGUAAUGAACAUAAUGAUAUAGGGUAUAUGUUCCUGUCUGAUCACUUUUCAUUUUUAAAGUGCUAUUCACUUGAUCAUAAAUGUUCUGUGAACUGUUCAAUUUCUUAAGUUAUGUAGCUGCUACUCCACCACCUGUCUUCACCUCUAUUUUCUAAAAGACAAGCAUAGAUAUACGCUUACAUGUUUUUUAAAGCUACGAAGCUCUUUAAAAUCCUUGAGCCAAAAUAUUUUGAUGAGUUGUAGUUUGUCUUUUUUUAAACAGAAGAAAAUAUAGAUAUGUGCUCGUAGGUAUGACAUUCAAAAGCUUGUUUUGGGGGGGUUGGGAUUGUUUCUCUCUUUCUUGUUUUUUUUGUGUUUUUUAAAAAUCAUAAGCAUAAACUGAUACCGGCAUUUUUGGCACUGACUUUACAGUGAAAUAAAUGGAAAACAGAAAAGGUGAGCCAGUUCAUUUGACUGCAAUGGAUGCUAGGAGUGUUGGGAAGAGAUGCUUAGACUAGUUUGUGACAUUACAUUGAUUUAUGCAGUCUUGAAAGAAUUCAGGGAAUGCUUGUUUUUCUCUCAGCCCUCUUCGGUAUAGAUGACGGCAGUAAAUCCCUUGGUUCUUAAUUUUUAAUUAAAAUAGUACUUGUGACUUGUGAACCUCUGUCUUUUGAAUUGGUGGGUUAAGUAGAAAAUGUUCAGACAGAACUCUAGUUGAAGCAUAUAGAACUUUUCAUUUAUGUAGGGUAUGGGAGAUGUCUAACCUAGAAUGACUGUAGAAUUUGAAGUUUAGGGAGUAAUUUCAUGACUAGGUAGGUACACAUCCGUGGAAAAGAUAAAAAUUUUGCUUUUCCAAGUCAAGUGGCUUUUAUUGUCGCACUAAUUUGAGGGAGGGUGGAGAGAAGAGGUUUUAUAAAUCGGAACUUGGCAAAAGCAACACUAGCUAGGGUUUGACUUGCUUUAGUGAUACACCUAUAAAACUCUUAAAUGUGUUUGCACAUAUAUAUAUAUAUUUUUCUUAUGUGUGCUCGAUGCAUUUUCGUCCUGAGAAAAGUGUUCUCUACAGAAACUACCCGUGUGUAAAAAGAAGAUUGGCUUUAAAAGGCUACUGUGAUGGAAACAGUGUCUUAGGGAGAUGCAGCUUGGACUUGAGGUAAAUUGAAUGUUUUACAAACCGUGGCUUAGAGCUUGCUAAAGUGACAUUAUAAUAAGGGUACCCAUUACUGUAGUUUUGUAUUGUUCAUGGUUUUCUCAAUAAAUGUAAGCUAAUGCAUA